AUGCCCGACGUGGUUCUCCUCCCUUUCGCCGAUCGCCCUCCAAUUCUCCCCUUCCACCCCGCCAACUGCCCUUGCUGUAUCAUGGAAGGCCGAGGCUUGACCCUGCGGAGCAAGUCCCGCCGCCAACGGCCUCAGAUCAGUGCCCCCAAGCCCAUCUCUGGUCCCCUGCCCCCCAACACUAGGUCUCCCGAUGCCGGUCAGGGUGCCAUCCCCGUUGGCCGCGAGCGAGCUCCUCAGAGCGAUGCUACCUCCGAUCUCGUGAAGCGCCGAUACUCGACCCGGUUCAAUGCCGCCCCGGAUUUUGAUGCGACCGCUCCGCCGGUGCCAGCACUUCCCCCGCAAGCCGCCGGUGGAUACGCUGGGCUGGGAGCUCCGGCGGCAGUUGCGAGACAACCAUCGCCUGCAGAUGGAGCAUCCGCCGCGCCAAAGGUGGAUUUGAAUGCCCUGCGAGAUCCCAGUCUGCCGGCCGAACGAUAUGUCGCCAACCUUCUUGCCAACGCGUCCGAGGAAGAGAUCCAAAGUUACCAGGCAAGCCUACGCAAAGUGAAAAACCGAACCUCGACCGAUCUGCAACAGAAUGUAUACCAGAAUCGUACCCAGUUCAUCAAGAUCAGUAAAGAGGCGGAGAAGCUCAAGGAUGAGAUGCGCACCCUUCGCACCCUCAUGUCGGAGCUCACCACGGCCCUCGGACAAACGACGGUGGGUAACACGCCUAACCCCAUGUCACCGGUAGAUGAUCAGUUCCCCAAACGCCACGCGAACCGCAGCUCCGUUGCGAACUUGGAAAGCAUGUGGAGUGUCCAACUGCAGACACUGUGGAAGACCGUUGAAGGAUCCCAAAAGUUCUUACCCGCAGUUCCCGGACGACAUAUUGUGUUGGAAACGGGCAACUGGGCUGAGCUGGACUCAGCGACCUGGAAGCCUAAACGGCCCGUGCAUAUUGUGUUGUUGAACGAUCACCUGUUGGUGGCCGCCAAGAAACGCAAGCGGGUUGACCAGAGCCAGCCCAAUCAACGCGGCCCGGUUCCCACCAAACUCGUCGCGGAAGAGUGCUGGCCACUGCAGGAUAUUGACAUGAUCGACCUGGCCGCGAACCUGGGAACGGGCGCCGCCCGAGAAGAGGCAUUGGACCGUGGCAUUGGCAAUGCGAUCAGUAUCCGGGUUGGAACCAAGCCGUUUACUUAUCGACAAGACAAACGUGAUACCUCAACGAAGAACGAACUAUUGGCAACGUUCCGUAAGACAGUGGAGGAUUUGCGGCGAAAUCUGCGAACCGAAACUGAGGCCGCCAGCAAACCCCUCGAGGCGUAUGGAUACCUAGCAGGGCGACACCUAUCGUACUCCCAAAAGUCAGAACCAUUCGAUCUUGCAGACGGCCCUCGGGACAAAUCUGACUUGCGCAUCGAUGUCGAUGGCAAACAGCAGAACCUCCGCUGGGUGGAAGGACAGAUUGACGAGCUGGACAUUGAUAUUGCCCUGCAACACUUCGAGGCGGCAGUCUCCAGUAUUGAGCGGUUACGUAAGCUUGCGAAGGGGCUCAAAGGAAAUGCAAUUGCCCAGGAGGUGAUUAAUGUCAAGGUUGAUGGGCGUGCCACAAGGCUGGCUGGAAUGCUCUCGCGAUCGUUGGUGGAUACGCACUCGUUCCCGGGGGCGACCAAAACAAACGUCAGCUGGCUGAGCCGUCUGGGCUUCGAGGACCAGGCGCGUGAAACCUACUUGAAAGCACGGUCCGAUGUAGUUGCCCAACGCAUCCGGGCAUGUGUCUUCGAGGGUGACCUCCCACUCUACAUUUUCCAGAUCUCCUUCGUUUAUUUCUCUCUCAUCAAGAACACCAUCAGUAUCUACCAGCGGUGCUUUCCAAGCGUGAUGACCAGUUCUUGCAUCCGGUGGGCCAAGUCGCAUCUCGAUGGAUACAAUGCGCUGCUUAGCCGCCAGCUCAGCAGUGUGCAGCGGGGUACUUCUGUCUGGCAAAAAUGCCUUGACAUCGUGCAUGAACACGCUGCCUUGUUGACCGAGGUAGGCGUCGACUUCACCGACCUGGUGGCUCGUGGGCUGGAGGACCACGGCGACGAUGGGUUGCGUACUGUGCAGCCCGGUCAAUUGGCCGCACCCCAGCCCCCUAUGAUCUAG